AUGGAAAACGAGCAAGGUAUUCUGUAUGAAACCCUAAGUCCUCUCGGCGCUGGUGCCACCGACACGGCAACACCGCCGCCGUCGACGCAUCCUCCGCCGCCGUCAGAUGAUGACGAACCUUACGUCAUCUUGCGAAGUGAAAUUUCGCUUUCCUCUGUUCAAUGCCCUUCUCCGGCAACAUUAGCUCCGGAUUACUUCUCUCUCGAGGUGAACGAUGCUGAGGAGACGAAAGGGACUCCGCCAUUUACUCCUCGUCCGCCGUCGCCGCCUCAGCCGCAGGACGCUGCCAUUACUGAGCGGGAGAGGACCCUGGAAGGAAAUUGGUUUCGUGCUAAUUGUCGCUUUAAAAGCCCAAUGCUACAGCUCCAUAGAGAGAUAGUUGAUUUCUGUGACUUUUUAUCACCAACGCCGGAAGAGCAAACAUCACGCAAUGCUGCCAUAGAAUCUGUUUCUGAUGUUAUAAAAUAUAUCUGGCGCGAUGCUAAGGUAGAAGUUUUUGGUUCUUUUAAGACGGGACUUUAUCUUCCAUCCAGUGAUGUUGACGUUGUGAUCUUGGGUUCAGAGAUCAGAAGUCCUCAGAUUGGCCUACAGGCUCUUUCUAGGGCCCUUUCUCAAAAAGGAAUCGCUAAGAAGAUACAGGUUAUUGCAAGGGCUCGGGUGCCAAUUGUUAAAUUUGUAGAGAAGAAAAGUGGUGUUUCCUUUGAUAUAAGCUUUGAUGUUCAAAGUGGGCCGAAGUCUGCAGAGUUUAUAACUGAUGCUAUAUCUAAAUGGCCACCAUUACGACCCUUGUGUCUGAUUUUGAAAGUUUUCCUGCAGCAAAGAGAGUUGAACGAGGUUUACACUGGUGGAAUUGGUUCGUAUGCGCUCCUUGUCAUGCUCAUAGCAAUGUUGCAGAGUCAGCAAGAUCGACAGGCUUCUCCAGAAUAUAACCUCGGAGUUCUACUGGUGAACUUUUUCGAUGUAUAUGGUCGCAAGUUGAAUACAACUGAUGUUGGUGUAUCUUGCAAUGGGGGAGGCACUUUCUUCUUAAAAAGCAGCAAGGGGUUUUUAGUUAAAGGAAAGCCCUCUGUUAUCGCCAUUGAGGACCCGCAGGAUCCAGAUAAUGACAUAGGGAAGAACUCUUACAACUUUUUUCAGGUUAGAUCUGCUUUUGCAAUGGCUUUCACAACGUUGACAAAUGCAAAGGCCAUAAUGGGACUAGGCCCCAACAGGAGCAUUCUUGGCACUAUAAUCAGACCCGAUGCAGUAUUGCUGGAACGGAAAGGAGGGUCUAGCGGAGAAGUGACAUUUCAGACCUUGCUUCCAGGUGCUGGAGAGCCAUUGAAGCAACAAUUUUCCAACCAGCCGGAGAUUUAUUGUAAUUGGCAGUUAGAUUAUGAUGAAGAUCCACUCCCACGUGGAGAUGGGAUCUCUGAGAAUGGUAAUGUCCAGUCCUCAAAAAAGAAGAGAAGGGCUUCUAAGGAGAACAAGCCUGCAAAAAAGGUGAAAGAAAAUAGAGAGAGACGUGAAGAAAUUGGUACAACUAAGGAGAGGAGUGCAAAGAAACCGCGUUGGAGACAUCACCAACGUAAUGGUGAUAGCAACAGACAGCGCCAUGGUGGCGGCGGCAGCGGCGGCUCAUCCUCUUCACAUAAGCAUUAA